AAACACAUCAAACCGCCCACUUAAUAAUGUAAAAAAAAAAAAAAAAAAUAGAAUUAUAAAAUAAACGUGUUAAGUUUUAUCCAAUCCGCACUCAUUAAAUUAAUAUAAAUAAACUAAUGGAGCCGGCCAUUUUUUUUUCCCUUCUAUUUUACUGAGGAUUCGAGUUUCUCUUUUUGAUACUCGGAAGGAGCCGUGACGCCAUAUUCGGUCGCCAAUUGAUCGAUAAAGUAAUUUGUUUGGAAGCCAUCCAAGAGUGCGAGGAGUGGAGAUAUUUUGAGAUAUGCAGCGGACAGCGUCAAAUAUAAACAAUCGCCAUCUGCAUCCUUUAACCUUGGAUGUAAGGAGAAAAGAAACUGUUCUGUAGAGAAAGAGUUUUGACGGCGGUAACGCGGCAUGUCCAAGAAGAAGAAAGAUACCAGCUGUCAAGAUGACGGAGAACUUUCGGUUCCUCUUCCCAUCCAAACGUUUUUAUGGAGGCAAACCAGUCCUUUUAUUCGUCCAAAAUUUGGAAAGCUGCAUGAGUCUUCAUGUAUGGAACAACGAGAAGCUUGUAAGUCUUUUGAAAAAGUUCUUGUGCAAAAUAUUCAGUUUGGUUUAUCACCCAGUUUAACAGAGGCAAUUAAAAGCAUUAGUAGAUGGAGAUUAGUGCAAGCAUCUUUACCAUAUGUUAUGCAUUGUUGUGCUGCUCUGUUAUAUCAAAGAAAAGAUAGAUGUUUAGAUAAAUUGGGAGCAGCUGAAACGAAACUUCUAUAUACUCUGCAUUGGAUAUUGCUAGAUGCAGCUGAUGAAUGUGCUGAUUCAGAAGCUAAUGGAUAUAGUUCCUUACAAACAUAUUUAUUUCCUAUAUCUGUUAUUCAGGUAUUUAUUUAUUUAUUUGCACCACUGACUGAAUUUAUGAAGUAUUCAGAAUUUAUGACAAGUUUUCGCCUAGAAAAUGGAUUAAAAAUUUGGCAGCCUCUAUGGGAAUUCCAACAUCCUAAUGUUCCUUGUUUCACAUCUCUAGUCUGUCCUAAAAGACAUUUCUUUAAGCCUGCUGAAGAUCAUUUUAUACCUACUUCAUUUGGAAAUGUAUUUUUAGGUGCUGGAGAUAUUGAUUUAAAUAAGAGUAAUGGUUUUCCAGCUCCUAAAACUGCUACAAGCACACCUUCUCAGGAAGAUGACAUUAAAUGUAAUAAAACAUCAAAAUCAACUGAAUCUUUUAGACCAGAAAAAAAGAAUAAAAGUUUUAUUUCAUCUGAUGUUUGUAUGGCAACGUAUCUUGAUGUUGCAGUUUUACGCUGUUUGUUUAUUUCACAAUGGCUAGAAGAAGGUGUUCAUUGGGCUUUACAAUAUUUAUAUAACAGAUUUCAAAGUAUUGCUGAAAAAAGAGCUGAAGAAAUUAAACCAAGAAAACGAAGUAAUUCUCUUCCCAUUCCAAAAAUUGAAAUUACAUUUUAUCAAUCACCUGAACACACUGCUCGGGACUGUAUCACAUCUGUGGAAAAUACAGAGCUCUUUACUUUAGAUUCUUCUUAUUUUCCAAGUCAUCAUACAAGUUUACAAGAACUUUGUCAUUUUAGUGGAUUACCAGAAAAACCAAAGCAAAAAAGAAAUAAAAUUGGUGAUUUUAGAUCAUUUGUUGAGGAAAAACUUCGAUUAUCCGAACGUGUAUUAGAUAAAAUAGUUAAAGAUGAACCAAGUCCUACUUUUUUAAUUGAAGAUAAUGAACAGAAUCGAGUAUCCAUUAUUAAAGAUUCAAUAUCUAUAAAUAUUGAAAUGAAAGAUUCUUUAUCAUUGUCAGAAUUAUGUCCUCCAAGACCUCAGUCUGCAUUAGGAUUAUUACAACAUAAAAGUGAAAAAACUGAUGAUGUGGCGCUUCCAAUCAAAACUGAAAUGAUAAGAGGGAAAAGUCUCCCAAGUUUGCAUAUAUCUGAAGAAAAACGUUUUAAUUUACCAGAAUCAUUUAAAACAGCAUUAAGAGAGAGCAAAAAAGUGCCUGCUUUUCAUACUCAUAGUGUACCAAAUCCUAUUAUAACCGUAACUGAACAUUCUCCUGUUGCUUCUGUUCAGUUUUUUCUCAAUCAAGAAUCUGUAGAGAGUCCAAGAGAGGACAGUCCCCCUGUAUCAACAAUUAUUCCUAUUUGCCGUCAGCUUUCAAUAACUAGAAGUCAGACAGAUUCUAAUAUUGCAUAUAAUUUUGAUAUGGCAUAUGAAGCUGCAGGUUCUACAUAUUAUAUAACAAAAGAUGGAGAAAUUGAUUUAGAAGUUGCACUUAUGGCUGUUUAUGAGGUUUCUAUGAGAGAGAAUUGUUGUUCUUUACGUGUUUGUGAAGUUAUCUUAAAUCUUUUGGAAAUAUUUUUGAAACUUGGUAUUUUACCCAUUCAAACUGGAAAUAAGGAGCAAGAAAAAGAUCUUUCAUCAGUUGAUACUGGUAGUUUUAUUGGCAAUACACCUAUUGAUGGUGUACCUAAAGUUGAUAAGGUUACCAGAACAUCUACUAAAGAAAAACAAGAAAAAACAUCAUUUUAUUUAUUGUUAGAUAUAUUAAUGAGAAUAUCUAAGCAUUUGGGUUGUCCUCAUGGAUGUGGAGAAGGACAUCGAUCUUCAACUGCUGAUGCUUUGCGUUAUAGAUUAUUAAGCAUGCUUAAUAAUUUGCACAAUACAGAUCAGUCACAGUUUCGAAGAUUUUUUCAAGAAAUGAUAAAAGUUAAUGCUUUAACAGAAAUUGUUGAUGCUCUUCAUACAUUUUUUGGCUUCUGUUCUGAGCCUGGUGCUACAUUAUCUCCAUUAGGUCAGAAGAGAACCAGUAGUGUUAGUAUUCAAGACACUCCCACAACAAGUUCACGAAGUAAUUAUGGAAAUAAUUUUCGUUCAUCAGUUACUGGUCCUAAGGGAGUGGAAGGAAUUGUCUUGGGUUAUAUUUUUAAGCAUUUAGUAACAAGAAUGGUUCAGUCUUUAAAAGAUUUAAAGUUACAAGAAAAUAUGGCUUUAUACUGUGACAUUCGUCAGUUUGUAAGUUUUGUUCGAGAUAAUCAUGGAAGUACUUUUCGCAGAGUUGCUUUGAGUGCUCUUUUAGAUACUGCUGUCCAGAGAAAAAAAAAUAAAAGCACUGUUCCAGUAACAAGAAUUGUGAGACACAUGAAAUCUAUAGAUCAAGAAGAAUAUAAAGAACCACUUCAUUCACCCACUGUUUUUAUUGUUGAUGAAACUGUUACUGAAAAGACAAGUAGGAAAUCAUUUUUUCGAAAAAAAGGAGUAAGAAAGGUUCCCAGUGCUCAGAGUAUUCCAGAUGAAAGAGAUGAUGUUUCUCCAAAUCCCACAUCAGGUCAGACAACACCAUCUCUUCGUUAUCAUCAUAUAGUGACACCUAGAUUAAGUGUCUCUGAUGAAGAUAAUUUAACCGUAACUCCUAAAAAUAAAAGUGGUCAUUUUCAAUUUGGCAAUUGGUUCAAAACUGAUCAUUUAAAACAAGAUCAUAGUGAAGAUGAUGUCAGUAUUUCUCCUGUUCCUCCUGAAAGCUAUCCAGGAAGUGAAAGAUUAACUAGAAGGGCAAGUCUUUUAAGUCAUGGAACAAAAUUGGGCCAUCGAUCUUCUAGUCAUAUGAGUCUUACCCUUCUAAGAGCUAGGAAAAGAGUUGAAGAUCAUUUAAAUAAGAUAGGAUUUGCAAGAAACAAAAAUAAACAGAACAGUUUUGAAGAACCCCUGGACUUAAGUCGCCGAAAUUCUUGUGAUUUAGAACAUUCAUUACGAGAAGGAGAAUUCUUUGUCAUUAAGGAAAGCAAAUUAGUUAAUAGUAUUCUUAUAAGAAAUGGAAUGCUCAGAUUUUCAUUUCUAUUAGAAACUUGCCAACCUGGAUCUUUACCAGAUCCACCACUGUUAGCUGCAUUACUUGACUUGAAAGCACCAGUGAUUAGUCGUGCAGCACUCUAUAUAGAAUGUGCAAACUUUGUUCACAUGUGUAAUAAAGGUCAUUGGCCAAGUUGGAUGAAAUUAAAUUUACCAAUGUUUCGACCUUCUGGUCCACUUACUAACAGAGGCACACCUUCAGGUCAUAAAAGAACUCAUAUAAUACAAAGAUCAGCAGGUCGUCUUUUCUAUCUGUGGGCUGAAGCUAUUGGUGCUAGAUUAGAAGAAAUUUUACAAGAUGAACAAGAGAACCAAGCUCCAUCUGAUACUGUUGAUGAAAAUAAAGGACGUCAGCUUAGGCUAGAGGAUGAAGAUGAAGAAUUUCUUGAUGAAGUUACUGUUAACCAAAGUGGAAAUGCUUGUCCAUUUGCUUUAAAAAUGACAGCGUGCCAACUGUUAUUAGAAAUUACAGCAUUCCUGAGAGAAACCUAUCAGUAUUUACCAAACAAGACCGCUCGCUUUUCAUCUCGUGAUCGUCACACUUUUGAACCAAGAAGUAUAACUGCUAAUCGUAGGUGGAGUAUGGCAUUAAGUAGUUUGGGAUUUAGCCAAAAUUCUGCCCAUAGUCUUGUUUCUUUAGCUGAUCAAAUGCAUCCAAUUAUGCCUGGAGAAAGGAGAAUAAGUUUUGUAUUGCAUGAAGCAGAUAUUGAAGGUGAAUCUGAAAACAGCAGUAACACUACUCUAACUGUACAAGAUGAAUUGGAUGACAAAAAAGUUAUGCCUGGAGAAAGGAGAAUAAGUUUUGUAUUGCAUGAAGCAGAUAUUGAAGGUGAAUCUGAAAACAGCAGUAACACUACUCUAACUGUACAAGAUGAAUUGGAUGACAAAAAAGGGCGUCGCAUAGGGCAAGUUCGUCCUUAUUUGUUACGUAAAGGUCCAGUUUCUGGAAUAAAUUCUAGUUUUAAAAGAAGAAGCUUAAAACUAAAAAAAACAGGUGAUAGAAAAAAUAGAGGUCGUUCUUCUACAUUUGCUGAAGAUGAUGAAGAAGGAGGAUUGAGACGAACAGAGAGCAUACAUUCUCGGCGGAAAGUUAGUGCUAUAUCAGAUCGUAGCGAUACUAGUGAACGAGCAGAUGUAAGUGGAGAUGAAUCUCCAGGUGUACUAAGUGAUGACCAACCACCAGAAAGUCCUGUUGAUUUAAUAGAUGCAAAUGGAUCAAUUGGAAAAAAUUUUCCAUGGCUUAAAGUUGUGGUGCAGUUAUUAGAAACUUUAAAUUUUUCUUGUCAUCAUCAACAUCAUUGUAAUUUAAACUGUCAUUAUCGUCAAAUACGAGCCUGUAAUAGACUCUCAAAGGCAUUGUGCAAGGUCUAUGGAGAAGAAUUUAAUUUUUCACAAAGUACUGAAAAACAACAUUCUGAUAAAGAAGAAAUAAAAAAAGAAAAGAAAUUAAAAAAAAUUAUAACAGCUCCUAGUUCUCCUUUGAAAAGAAAAGCUAGCAUACCUCAUAAUCUUGACAAAUUAGAACAUGCUAUGGAUAUACCAUAUCUACCUUCUCGUUCUUUACAUAGCAGUACUACUCAUUUAGCUCAUGACAUUGAAGCAUGCCUAUAUGCAGAUAAAGGAACUCAGCAGAAAGUUGAUACUAGUAGUAAGAAAAAACAAGAAAAAAUUGAACAGGAUCAAAUAUUGAAAUAUUUAAAGAGCCAGGUAAGAGGACUUUUUCAUUCUCCUCUGUCAAUGUUAAUUAAAGGAGCUGUGAUUAUGUCUGAUGACAUUUACAAAAGAACAAUGUCCAUUUCUUGGGAAUUAUUAUUAGAAAGUAAUCAACAAUUAGCAAGUUCAGCAGCUGUCACAUUCAUUCUAUCUUCUGUGAAAUGUCCCGAUAUAGCUACAAAAAUGAUAUAUGAUGAAUUACAUACUGAAGAUCCAGAGCAACGAGUCAAUUCCAUUCUCAGAUUUCGAUCCCUGUGGAAAUUUCGUUAUCAGUGUUGGCCUAACAUGGAAGAUGGUGCUCAUUUAAUUUUCAAAGUUCCUCCACCAGCUAUAGAAUUCACAUCACCUUCUCCUAAAAUAGCUAUCGAAUCACUUCCAGUUGCAGAUCCUCCUUGGAUGCCUCAUGUAAAAGCUAAAGUAGAAGAAGUUACAAUCAAUCAAGAACAAUCACUGCAACGUUCUUUUGUAACUGCAACAAAAACGAGACGUAAACAACAAAUGGAAUUAGUGCAUAAUGCAUUACAAGCAGAAGAAGAAAAGAAAAGAGCAAAUAGAGAAAAUUAUCAUAUUACUUCAGUUCCAGUCUGCUAUCAUGCUGCUUAUGAACCAGCACUGUUUCAUACUGCUGAAGAACACGAGGAUGAUGUUGGAAAUGAAGAUAAUCUAACUUUAGAAAGAACAAUGUUGCAUCACAUGCAAAUAGCACAACUUCUGUUUCCAUCAUGCUUAUGUAAUGCCUCAAUCCAUAUUAUAAAUCUUUUAGAAGAUGUACAAGUUUGUUCACAAGGAUUUGCCGUAUAUGAAGUAGCCUAUCAAGUGAUUUGGAAUUGUCUUGUGGAAGAUACUGCUCUGUUUUUAAGAUUAAUUCUUGAGAAAUUAACCAGAGAGAAACCAGAUACAAUGAUGCAAGUUAUAAGAAGAUUAUUGCGUUAUAUUCCUAAAUUACCGGCACAGGCUGCAUAUUAUUUGUAUAACUAUUUAAUUGGAUUUAUUAUGUUUUAUGUGCGAACAAGUAUAGAAUGCAGCCAAGAAAUUAUUUCUAAUGCUUUAUCUGUGCUUUGGUUGGUUGUACCAAGUGUGCAUGGAUUAUUUUUGAAGGACUUGAAACAAAUACUACGCAAAGAACAAUGUGAUUCAACAUUAUUGAUAACAGCCAAUAUUCCAAGUGCAAAAAAAAUUAUUGUUCAUGGCCCUGAUGCUGGUGGUAUCCCUUCACAAUUUCCAGUUCAUGAAGAUACACAGUUUUCUCACAUUUUGCAAGACAGCUUAGAUUUUUUUGGAAUAGAUGAAGCUCAACACAAUUCAUAUUUCUUAGUGGACAUGAAAACCAAUCAAAUGCAUAGUUUAGACUCAUAUGUCAGAGACUAUUAUUUUUUCAAACGAUCUCAAUAUGCACAAUUAUCACUUAUUCAUAUGGAUCCUGAAGUAGCUUUUGAAACUCUACAAAAACAAGCGUUCACUCAGCGUUUUCUUGAACUGGGAAAGGUUUUAAUGAGCUUAUCAAUUUUAAAAUCUCCAACACAAGUAACACAAAGAGUAUUUUUUAUGCAUGAAGAAUUGAUGAAAUUACCAUCAUUUCCAAGGAAGGCUUUAGAAGCUGAUUUUUCAUUAUAUAAUGGACCUUUAGGAAAAAUUGGAUUUAUUAUGUUUUAUGUGCGAACAAGUAUAGAAUGCAGCCAAGAAAUUAUUUCUAAUGCUUUAUCUGUGCUUUGGUUGGUUGUACCAAGUGUGCAUGGAUUAUUUUUGAAGGACUUGAAACAAAUACUACGCAAAGAACAAUGUGAUUCAACAUUAUUGAUAACAGCCAAUAUUCCAAGUGCAAAAAAAAUUAUUGUUCAUGGCCCUGAUGCUGGUGGUAUCCCUUCACAAUUUCCAGUUCAUGAAGAUACACAGUUUUCUCACAUUUUGCAAGACAGCUUAGAUUUUUUUGGAAUAGAUGAAGCUCAACACAAUUCAUAUUUCUUAGUGGACAUGAAAACCAAUCAAAUGCAUAGUUUAGACUCAUAUGUCAGAGACUAUUAUUUUUUCAAACGAUCUCAAUAUGCACAAUUAUCACUUAUUCAUAUGGAUCCUGAAGUAGCUUUUGAAACUCUACAAAAACAAGCGUUCACUCAGCGUUUUCUUGAACUGGGAAAGGUUUUAAUGAGCUUAUCAAUUUUAAAAUCUCCAACACAAGUAACACAAAGAGUAUUUUUUAUGCAUGAAGAAUUGAUGAAAUUACCAUCAUUUCCAAGGAAGGCUUUAGAAGCUGAUUUUUCAUUAUAUAAUGGACCUUUAGGAAAAACUAUUCUUAAAGCGAUACUACCAUUUUAUUUGAAACAUCUACAGAUUUUAACCACUAAGAAAGAAACACCUGGUGGUUCAAGAACUGAACUGAAUAUGAUUCAUAAUAUUGCAGUUUGUAUAAAAACUCUAAUUAGUAAUUGUGAAGCAUUAGCUAGAAACUAUACGGGUCCUCAAAGAAUGAUUGAUUUAAGAGGCUCAAGCAUUAAAAAUGCUUCCAAAGGUGCUUGCUCCCCACCUUUUGAAAUAGAUGAUGAUAGCCAUUCAAAGUUCAUGAGUGACAGUUAUUAUAGUUCACGUAAACAGCAACAGUAUGAGAAAGAAGUAGAAGACAGUGAAAUGCUUCGAUUUGAAUUCCGUUCUCCUCGUGACACACUGCUAAGUGUUGUGUGUGAAUUUUAUUCAAAGUGUUCUUCUCGCCUUGCUGACUUGAGUAAAAAAAUACCUGAUCUGAACAACAAAGCAACUGAAAUACUUGAUGUCAAAUGCCAUUUGAGAUUAGCCGAGGUUGCCCAAAGCUUAUUAAAGGUGUCUCCCUACGACCCAGUAACAAUGGCUUGCAGAGGUUUACAGCAGUACAUGAAUGAACUUCUUCCCCACUCUGAAUGGGCUCAAGAAUCAAUGAGACCAGCUUUAAUCAUGGUGUUGAGGCGUUUAGAUAAGACAUUUAAUAAAAUAGCCAAGAAACCGGCAAUUCGACGACUUGUGGAUUGGAAUGCUGCAAGAUUAUUAUUAAAAGGAAUAUAUUUAACAUUAUUCAGACAUCCAUAUAUAGCACAUCUUCCACAUUUAAAGUCCCUAAUAGGAGUGUGUCAGAUGAUCAUAUUGGGUGAUCAGAACUUGCUUAUCGGUGCUGACAGUUCCACUAAUCUUCCCACCAUGUCGGCUCUUGGCCAGUCGCCCCCUUCCAGAUUCUGUUCCGUCGUGGUCAGCCUGGUGGCCAUGCAGAUGUCAGCAUUGGGUGAAAUGCAGACGUUAGAGACCGUGUGUGGUGGUCCGAGCAUUCUGUCCAUCCCAGAAAAAAUGGAAUUAUAUUUAAUGAAUUUGAUCUUGCCCAUGUGUAUCAGAAUUAGUAGUGGAAUCAAAGACGUCCCAAAAUUACGUCAGACCGAUAUUUCUUUUGCGCUAACUGUCAUUUUGACCGCACUGACUCCCUUACCGUUGAAACAUUCUCAUCAGUCCAGUUCCACAUCGGGAAAAAGAGGAAAUGAUUCUUUUCAGGAAAAAAGUCCGACGAGAAGAAUAACUCCUUUAGUUCAAAUAGCUUUCUUGGGGCUAAAAAUUAUAAUAGUAUGCUUUGAGCAGGAAUUAUCUGAAGACUGGCAUCGAAUAGCAUGUUGCAUCCGUGAACUUGGAAACAAAAUGCAAGGUGGAUUGGCAUUAUGGAACUUUCUCGAUUUUGUAGUCACUCAUCGAACACCUCUCUACAUAUUACUCUAUCCUUUAAUCAAGAAUAAGAUGUUAAGAACCAUCUGCGACAACGAACAAGAGUAUUAUUAUCAACAACUAAUACGAGAAAAGUUGCAAGGGUUCAGUCUUCCCACGCCAAAAUGUCAAGGAAGUCUGUUUCAAGAUAUGACUGCAGAAAUGAAGAUGCUGAAAGAAGAUUUAAUUGCUUGGAAAUUAGUAGGCACCGGAGAAAAGGACAGAUUAAAAUCCACUCUGACGAAAAUCUGCAGUAAUAGUGACGUCUCUCACACAACUAGUUACGUUUAUAACAUGGGUAGUGACGCUCACUGUUCCAGCAUCACCGAAUUAACAAAUAAUCACCAGAGUGUUACUAGACUUGGCAAUCCUUCAGUUAUGAGUUCAAGUGCAUCGUAUCACUCUCCCUUAACAAGAGAACUAAGUACCCGCAGCGAAUCUUUCAUCCCUCAUCAUAGGGGAUUCAGCAUCCGUCUCCAUUCCAUCGAAGGAGGACAUCGUAUAGUGGAAAGAUUCAUUCGAAGAACGAGUUACCCAGAUGCAGAAGGUGCAAGUUCUCAAGAAAUUUUAGAUGGAGAACAGUCAUCUUCAUCCGAACCCAGAUUAUUUCGCAAAUCCACAUUACACAUAAAAAAACGUGGAAGUAAAAAGAGUAUCUCUGGGGAUGAAAGUGCAUCUGUUGGUACAAUAGAUACAGAUGAGCGAGACGAUUUGGGAGAUGUUCCUCUAAGUCCUUCCAGUCCUCAUUCUCCGGAACAAGACAUUCAUAAACCUAAACAUCGUCUCCAGAGACAGAAAGCACAGAGUCGAAAAACAUUUCGCUUCAGGAAAUCUCGAAGAGGUGCAGGGUUUGCGGCUCACACUAAAGGUACAGAAACAUCAGAGCAGAUCGUCAUGGUCCCCACAAAAAAACAACCGACUCUAAAAGAAGAAGAAGCAUCCACAAAUGCCACUCAAACACUUCCACUCAAACGCAGCAUGUCCGUAGAGGAGCCAGGAGAAAUCAAAGAUCAAAAUCAACCCACCUUUCAUCCAACUUACAAGAGUCCGACGACUGAUGUUUAUCUCCAGUGCGAGUCUACCGAAUCACUGAGUAACAGUGAAAACUCAUCUCUUCUGAAGAAAGAGCAAAAGCAAGAUUCGGAAUCUUCGUUAUUAAUGGUCUUCCCAAAUGAAGACGACGAAAGUAGUUGUAUCUAGUUCACAACUACACUAAUUAGAAAGUAGAAUUAUUAUUUGUUGGUAAAAAAUUUAUUAAUGUAAUUAAUUGUUGGUGAUUGUUAGUACAUAUAUUUCCUCAAUAAAAUAUUUAUCUAAUGUUUUCUGGAGAAAUUAUAAUUUAUGCUACCUUCAUCUACAUUUAAUGUGAUUUGAGUAGAAAGAUACUUAUGCAUGCAAAAAUUUACUUUGAA